AUUUUAGGAAACGUUUUCCGAGUUCCAGGAUAAAGAACAAGCGCGAAACAAUAAACGGCCAUAUUUGGCCCCUCCUUCACCCGCCAUUUUAAACGCUAUCAGAGAUCCAUCUCUUUCUCUCUCUAAUCAGAGAUCCUUCUCUCUCUCUCUAACGUAUCUGAGAAGCCUCUCUGUCUUACGCUCCCACAGGAUGGCCCUCAGUCUCACAGGGCGCCUCUGUUUUGUUCGUCCAAAGGAAAACCUCGUUUCUCUUUCUACUCCCAUAUUAAACCCACGAUUCUCUCGCUCCCUCCCUCUUCUCUCUUGUUCCAAUCAUAAUGUUCGAGGUUUACGACCUGCUUGGCCAAAAUCUAGGGUUUCUGCAAUCUCUGCUUCUACUGAGGGCUCAUCUUCUACUGGGUCUGAAGAUAUUGCAACCUUGUUAGAAGGGGUGGAAGUUUAUGAUUUGAAUGGAAAUGCAGUUCCCAUAACUAAUUUGUGGAAAGAGAGAAAGGCCGUAAUUGCUUUUGCCCGCCAUUUUGGAUGUGUUCUUUGUCGUAGACGUGCUGCUUUUCUUGCUUCCAAAAAGGAGAUAAUGGAUGCUUCAAAUGUGGCUCUUGUUCUGAUAGGACCUGGGAGUGUUGAUCAGGCAAAUGCGUUUGUUUUGCAAACACAGUUUAAAGGAGAGGUUUAUGCUGAUCCCACACAUUCAUCAUUCAAGGCAUUAAAAUUUGUUUCUGGCGUAUUAACCACAUUCACUCCAGCGGCAGGAAAAAGUAUAAUUCAGUCAUAUCUUGAAGGUUUCAGGCAAGACUGGGGGCUUUCAUUUGAAAAGGACACUGUGGCCAGAGGUGGUUGGCAGCAAGGAGGAAUAGUAGUUGCUGGUCCUGGUAAAAGCAAAAUUACAUACAUGCACAAGGAUAAAGAAGCUGGAGAUGACCCACCUAUUGAAGAUAUUCUAAAAGCAUGCUGCAUGCCACAGUUUGCACAAUAAUGUAUCUGUUUCAAUUAGGCAUGGCGACGUACUGCUUUAAAGAAUAUUCUUAUAGUUUAUCCCACUUAAAUUUAUCUAAUUUCACCAUUUAGUGUCUAUUUUAAUGGUUUUCUUAUCAUUAAAUUUGGAAACUUUCUUACAUUGUGGCUUGUAUCUUUUUAUUUUUUACAAUCAAAUUUCCUCCGAAACACAAUCUUAAAUGUAAUUGGAAAGUCAUUUCAGGGUGUUUCCACGCUUGAUUAAGUUAUAGUUGAACAGAUUCAUGAUAGUAAUUAUUGUAAUGUAUUCAGCAGGAUAAACAAAGUUUCAGAGCUCCUGGCUUCAAGUAACAAAAGCUGCCUAUCAAUAGUACUACCCCUCAUUACAUGCUUUUAUUCAUCUUUCAUUUAUCUGUUAUUUUUUUCUUCUCUCUCUGAAACUUGCAAACUAGAUAACCAUGUUAGCCACGUUGCUGUUAUAGCUAGAAGUUCAUGAUAGAUAUGUGAGACUGGCUUGGAUUUGGUUAGCCUGAUGUGCUUAACCAACAGUGUUUCUGAUUUUCUGGUGCUUGUUAAUCCAGGAAUUUUUGAGAACUUACAUUAAUUAUAAAAAGAAGCCAUAUUAUUCACCCAUAAAUCUCUCCAAGGAAUAGUAACUAAGGUACCUCCAAGCAUAUGAAGAAUGAAAUACGUUUACAUGCGAGUGUAAACUACAAUGCUGCUGAUACACAUACCUUUAUUAGAAAUAUGUGAACAGUACGGUCACCCUUCUGCAUAGCUUUUACUCUGGUCCCAUAAACUUCCAUCUUCCCAUUUUUCCUUCUGUUCUCUGUCUGAUCAACUCUCCAGGUUCCUUGGCUCUUAUCUCAUCUUAGCUAUCUUUAGUUUUCUGCUUGUUACUUGUACAUUCCAGCUAAAUAGGUCCUGCAUGUACAAUGUGGAAUCUGAUACUUGUUAGCCACUUGCUUAUUUUGCUUGGUUUUAUUGCUAAAAUGCAGCUGAUGUUGUGAAUUCUUUCUUAGGGUUUGUUUUGUUGACUUUUGGAUGGAUUGAAAUGCAAGCUAGCUGCUCAGUGAAAGAGAGUUGUUAUUUAUGGAACAGAAAUUGAUGUAGAUAUGAUGCAGUAAGUUCCUUGGCCAAAUUGUUGGAGCACUUGAUUGCAUUGUUUAUGUGCCUUUGAUAUUGCAUCUCUCUGUAUAUACUCCUAAUAUUUUGUAUAGAAUCCCGACUUUUAUAUGUAAA